AUGAGUAGAUAUCCAUGCUUAUCGAAUCGUAAUGGAUCAAUUUAUUCCGAUACAAUACAUGAUAUUGAAGUAGCUGGUUAUCGUUAUGUGAUUUUAACGAUAUGUAUAUUUGGCGUUGUAUGUAACUUACUUAAUUUAUCUGUUCUUGUUCAACGUCGUCUUAAAGAAUCGCCCUACACCUAUUUAACUGGCUUAGCUGUAGCAGAUAUGCUUACAUUAAUAUCAAUAUCACCAUUUUCAAUUGUUCGUGGCGAUUAUAUACGUCAUGAAAAUGUGUUCUAUGCAUUGACACGAUUUGAAUCACAACUUUAUAUGCCAUUGGCAAACUAUUUUGGUCAAGUAAGCAUUAUGAUAACAUUAGCAUUAACAAUUGAACGUCAUCUAUUUACAACUUAUCCAUUACGUACGCGAACAUUUUGCAAAGCACGUUACGCACGUAUUACAAUAGCGAUUAUAUUAUUUAUUUGCGCUUUACUGAGUUUUCCUCGAUUUCUUAUGGAAAAUGUUAAACAUCUUAUCGAACCUAUAAAUUCAUUUAAUUCAUCGAAAUGUUCAACACAACCAUUUCUUAUUCAAGGUUCAUCAACAGAUUCGACGCAUAUUGGUCAAUGUUUUUGUGUUGUUGGAUAUCCGAGAAAACAAUAUCUACCAUAUAGAACAGCAUAUUAUAUAAUGAUGUUUGUUUUUAAUCAAAUUUUGCCCUUUAUAAUUUUACUUUUUCUGAAUUUAAAAUUAAUCAAACGGGUCCGACACUCGAAUCGUUAUACAAUAGGUGAGCUCGUUGCUCGUCAAUACAUUCAAAAGAGUUCAACAUCAGCACUUCCAAUGCAACCCAUAAAACAAAAACGCUUACGUGAUGAACAUCGUCUAACAAAAACGCUUGUUGCAGUUGUUGUUGUUUUUCUCGUAUGCAAUACAUUUACGAUAAUAUCCUAUCCGGAUUUUGUCGGACGAAUAACACGCCAUAGAUAUCCAAAUUAUAUGCAUACAGGUUUUCGUAUUCAAAAAUUAAUAACAAACAUAAUGUUACUAUUAAAUUAUUCAAUAAAUUUCUUUUUCUAUUGUGCAUUUAAUCAAAAAUUUUUGGAUACACUUAAAACAACAUUUUAUCGACGAAUACGUUCAUUUUUACAAGAGAAAUUCAAUAAUCAAAAUGGUAGUACGACAACACAACGAGCAUUAUCUAAUAGCACAACAUCAUCAGCUAAGUCACCGUGUAAUUUACAAUCCAAAUUGCAUCGUUCUUGUAAACAUUAUUCAAAUUAUGACGAAGAAUUUCAACAUUUAAAACACUAUUCAAAUUCAAAACACUGCUCUUUGCGAAAAAUGAAGAAUUCCAAAAUUGACGUUUAA